AUGCCUUCGCAAAGCUCAUCUAAUCAGCCCUCUAGCGGUAGCAAUAACAGCUCAGGAAGCGGAAAGGCCCCCACCCAUUAUGGAGUCGUCAAGGAGGGCUGGGGUGAUCGUUCCACCUUCCAGGCCAGCCAUGGCCUCAAGAUGGACCCCUCAGGCAUCGAAGAAGGGAACUUGAUCCUGGACGGCUAUAUUCAGGCCGGUAAAGACGCUUGGAGCAGUGGCAAGAAGUAA